AUGGCGAGGACGCAUAUUGCCUUUUCCGUUCUAAUUUUCCUGGUCUUUUUCAUAGGGGAGUUACUUGCACAAUCCCAAUUGUGCAACAAAUUUAUCAAUUGUAAUGUGACCAUAAAUGUAUGUAAAACUGAAUGCAAGAACCGUUUUCACGGCUUUGGCGUUUGUGUCCAAGCUGCUCCGGCACCAGAAGUACCAAAGGCUUUAGCCAAUUGGGUCGAGUCAAGUAGGGUCCAGACAGCAUCAGCACCAGCACCAGCACCAGCACCAGAGGAUCGAGCCAUAUGGGUUGAGUCGAACAAGGCAAAUGCAGCUCCAGCACAAGCACCAAAGGAUCAAGCCAUAUGGGUCGAGUCGAACAAGGCUGGAAAAGUAGCCAAGAUAACCAAAUGCAAGCAAUGUUUGUGCAAAUUCCCAAAGAAGGCAAACCAGAAAUGCCCUAAAUAA